UCUUAAAAUCUCGUGACAGACCAUUUGCAGGCAGACAAACUGGUACCAAACAGAACAAAACAAAUAAAACGUGUUGUGGCUUUUUGCUAUUGUUGAAUUUUUUUUUCGUUUUUUUUUUAUUUCUUUUGAAAUUUCUAAUAACAAGUAAAUAAUACCCUUCAUAUAUAUCUUAUCUAGUGACCCUUUAUAUUUUUUCUUUCUUCUUUUUCUUUUUUGUUUAUCUUGCGUAAAUGUUGUCAGAACUUGUUCUUCGUUCCUACUGCCUGUUUUGUUCCACUUAUAGUGUAUGUGUACUCCAAAUAGCAAUAAAAUAAAAUUAAACUAAACUAAAUUAUAUUAUGAUGAAAUAUAGUUUUGCAAUUUAAUUCGUUCUUAUUCAUUCCCAAGAAUACCUUAUAUUUAAAAUGUUACUUCGCUUCAACUUGUAUCUGCAUUUUUAUUCAUAGACAGUUACAAUAAUUUCAUUCUGAGGGGGCGAUAUAGACAAAAAUAUUAAAAAAAAAAAAUUACUAUUGUAUAUCAUUAAAAAAUGACAGAAAACGAAAAACAUAAUAAUAAAAAAUGACUGUAAGCUCGGUUAUUUAUAUGCUAUUGACAUAACGUAUCCCGGGUGAGUAAGUCAAAUAAGUUAUUCGCCAGUUGUUCUUUUAGGUGUUUAGACGAAGAUUUUCUGUUAAUAAUUGGUUAGCGAUAGCUACGUUGAAAAGAAAUCUGUUAAAAGGAGCAUAGACAAAAGUUAAUAUUUGCGACUGAAUGCUUUUGUCGAUCUAUUAUCAUGUAUGCAGUGAAAAUACCAAACUAAUUACAGGAGACAAUGGUUAAAUUGUAUCUGUUACAAUAUUAAAGUUUUCAAUGGGUAACUUUACCCGUCUCGGGGCUUUUAUUUUAAACAUGAAAUAUGUAAACAUAAGUGGUUUAAACUAAAAUGUCAUACCGUCAAUUGUUUAGAAUAAAAAAAGAAGAUAAUACUAAAGACUGCUGAAAGAAGCAAAGUUUUAACAUAGUUUACAUGUAUUGAUAUUUAAAAGAAAGACAAACAAAAGAAAUGCCUAUUUAAUUGGGGUUGUUACGCGGCAAUUAAAAUUUGUGAUCACACUAAAAGUAUGCUUAAAGAAAAUAACAAAUAUAGCUUUGUGACAAUGGAGACGUUAGUUAACAACAUAUUUCUACAAUCAAAGAAGUAGCAAAAUUUAUAAGGGAAAAAGUCAGAGGAAUUUAAAUAAACAUGUCCAAGACAUCGCGGAGUUUUGAACAAGUAUCAGAGCAUUUCAAGUGCCCAAUUCACCUUGGGAAGCUAAGGGAACCACGACGGUUGCCAUGCGAACAUACGCUCUGUAAGGAUUGUUUAAAAGGACUCAUUAAGUCAGCACUGAAGCGGGAAGACAAAAAUGCUACCUUCGAUUGUCCAGAGUGUCGAGCGACUCACCACAUUCCGAACACAGAGACAGAGGACUGGGCGGACUGGUUCCCGGUUGACGCAUUCUGUGUCAUACAGUUGCAGACGCUGGCCAGAUUCCAGGAUUCACAUGUAUGCGAGGUACACGAGGAUAAGUUUAAAGAGUAUUACUGUUUUCAUCACCGCGAUCUGUUUUGUCCGGAUUGUAUCAUUGCAAAACACACGGUUGCCCCGUGUUACGCACGAAAUACUCGUGACGCUGCAAGUGAAGUCAAAAAACACAUCGGUGACCUGCUAGGUCAACUCAGACUACAGGAAGAACAUGCCAUUAGGAUCGCAAACUCCAAAGUUGCAGCCGCACAUACGGAUGACCUUUUGCAGAAAGUCUGGGAAGUUGAACAUCUUUUAGACCGUUUUCACAAGCAGAUGAAGAAGAAAAUACAAGAGACGAAAGUGCAAAUCGAAAACGCGACGAAAAUAAAGCCGGCGGACAAAGAACAUCUGAAAACUACCCAAGCAUUGAUCACUCAGACGAAGAAACUAGUUGAUGAUAAGCUGAAAUCUGUCAACAUAAAGACACAAGAGGGACAAAACGAUAUGUUAAGGCUAUGGAGGCCCCUGCAAGAUCAAGUGGAACAUUUCCAAGCUGUUCUAACUGCUGUUGAGAAAAGGCCAUUUUGUGUAAAUGUACAGGCGGACGAACAUGUCAUGGAACUGGUGAAUUUAAACCUGGACCCUGUCGUGGUACUCAACGAAAGCGCACAAUGGACACCGCUCAACCCAAUAACGGUGAGAAGAAUCCCAAGCGGAAAUUCCUUUAAGUCUAGACGAAUUCGAAGUUUCAGAGAAAAGGAUAAAAAGGCCACGUUCAGUGAUAGAAUUCGUACACAAGUAUCCCCGCGUUCCAAUGACGCAAAUACGAGUUUUCCAAAGUCAAGGUCAAGUUAUAGAACCGUCUCAGUGCACACUCAACCCAUUGGUUCUUCCGGGAGUCCACGCCAGCCUUCUUCAGUACAGCAGAAACUUCAAGAAAGAAAUCCUACAAUUUUGCCUAAAUUGACGGCUGGCGGGCUUACGACAGGCGAAACAUCCAAAGUAUUUAAUAUUAGGUCUCUAACCCUGAAAGGCAUAAGUCAGCAGUCUAUAUUUGAACUUCCCUGUGAAGAUAUCGUGGUCCUUGCAAACAACAUCAUAACUAUAACGGAAAGGGCUGUUCAAAAGUUUUCUCUACGGUACCAGUUCCUUCAAAGUAUGGCGUUGCGCGCGCCAAUCAAGUUAUGUUACACACGUGACGAAUCGAGCAACAUUCUCGUGCUCGACAACAGCUGUGGCGUAUCUUUGGUAUCUACACAUCCACGCCUUCAGCUUCUUUACAGAAUCGAGACGGAUCGAGCGUAUUCGGGUUUAUGUCACAUGCGGACCACCAUGACGGAGGACCCUUACGGACGCUGUAUGUACCACCUACAUCUCGCACUGACCCACGUGUGGAAUAGGGAGGAUUGUAUUGACGUCAUGGUUGUGACGUAUGAGAAGCUUCAAAUAAUGUCUGGCCUCAUAGAGGAAAUAACGCUUACACCGGCAAAGGUAAAAACUAUCUGUGGAAGUAAUGAUGACCCUUUCUUAAAGAACAUGAACUCAAUUUGCACUGCCCCUGACAGCCGAAAACUCCUCAUUGGUACAGAAGCUGGUGUCGCCUCCAUGAGUAGAAGUGGUGACAUCAUAUGGACCGUACCCACGCAAAAUCUCGUCUGCAGCGUUGACAGCAGACGUGGUUUGGUUUACGCUGCAAUAGAGAAGGAAAAGCGCGUAUUUAUAUUAGACCAACAUGGGAACAUGAUGGUAGAAAACAUAUUUCCGCCGGCAUCUACAGUUAGCAAGCCUUCCAGAGUGGCUGUGGGAAAAUCAUCCCUCAUUGUCAGAGAAUUUACGGAUAACGAUCAGCACGGAUUGAAAAGCAUGGUUCAUGUAUUUAGUCUCUCAUUCUAAUUUGGAUAUACUUUUAUAGGAAACGACUCGCUUACUAAAGUCUUGCGCAUGUAUCAUUUCAUGAUACGUUUUAGCAACAAAACGUGCUUUCACUUUUUAUAUCAUUUUUAUUUCAUGCUUGCGGGUGUAUUACUGAGAUUAUAAGUAAAAAAAUGUAUUUGAUGAUUUAACAAUGAAAAAUAUCAAAUGUAGUUUUCACUGCACUUCAGUUUAAUAGGACUAAUAUUUAAAUAGUUUUCUCUAAGGUUGUCUUCGACACUGUCACUAAUUGUGAGAUUUAGACCAGUUCUAAGUGUACAAAUCAAAUUCAUAUUGAAGUCAAGGCUUUCUUAGUUUCCAGCUUCCGCCUAUAGCUAUGUGUCGUGUAUUAAAAGAAACAAAAAUAGUAUCAUUUAGUAUAUCAGAUAACGUUAAUAUUGAGAAAGUGUCUGUCCUGUAAGUCUUCUUGCACUAAAUUUGAAGAUUUCGGGCAUAUUCAUGUACAGCCGAACAAAAACUAGUUGAGUUAAUAAAUAACAAUAAGCAGUGUAUUACCAGGCAUCUAAACAAAUAUCUCAAUUACUCGUUCAGUGCACAUGUGGGCAGCAGUCCAUUCUCUUCGGCUGUCCGUUUCUAACUACAUUUUGGAUGAAACAUUAUCUGGAUCGACUCUUAUUUAUAAACAAAAUGAACAAUAACACUGUACCUUUGCCAUUUUAUUCCAAUAUGACAGCCGUAUCAAUACUUUAUUAUUCCGCUGUUUUGGCAAAAAGAAAGUUUUAAACAUAUAUUGUGAUGGUUCAAAUGUUACAACUCUUUUUACUGUCAUAUUAAACAUAAAGAAGAAUCAAUCUUGAUUUUUUUUUUAGUAGAAAGUAUUCUGACAAAUAUUUGUUGCGGAUAUAUUUUUUGCACACUUUGAUUUUGCACAUUGGUCACUUGUGUUUUUAGGGCUACCUCUCUCUAUAUUGUUUACUUAACCAUGAACUUCUAAUCAAUAAUCUAAAUCAUUUAUCAUUACUUUUGUUUUGUUUUGUUUUAUUUUAAUAAAAAGGAGACAAUA